GACGUCAGACUCACGUGCUACUUUCCAUCUCCGCGACACUUCGCAUCCCACGCUAGCCUUCUGAGGCGGUGCCAUGUUGCCAGUCCACAGCAGCAAACAUGGCCCAGACUUUUGUUGGCACCUGGAACCUCAAAUCCAGCGAGAACUUUGACGAGUACAUGAAGCAACUGGGUAUUGGUUUCGCCACCCGCACGGUGGGCAACAUGACCAAGCCCACCACCAUCAUCUCCGUGGAGGGCGACAAGGUGACGGUGAAGACGCAGAGCACCAUCAAGAACACAGAACUCUCCUUCAAGCUGGGGGAGGACUUUGAAGAGACCACCGCCGACGACAGGAAGGUCAAGUCCGUAGUGACCAUAGACGGGGGCAAGAUGGUGCACAUCCAGCGGUGGGACGGCAAGGAGACCAGCCUGGUGCGAGAGGUCAACGGGAACGCCCUGACGCUGACGCUGACGAUGGGCGACGUGAUUUGCACGCGUUCCUACGAGAAGGCGGAGUGAAGGACGUCUUGAAGUUCUUGACCAGUCAGCAUUUCCCCCCCCCCCCCCCCCCC